UGACAGUUGAGGCAGCCAGUAUGGUAUCCUUUCGGACAGCCAACACCAAGGAAGUGCGUCCUCGUACGGUCCAAUUAUUUGUGACAAGAAGGCGGUGCAUGUAGCUAGCUACUUAGCUCGCUACUUUACGAGCUUAGAGUUAAAGCUACAAUCCCAAAUAACUUAACAUUUAUGCCAAUAGUGUGCUAUAUGUAUUAACACUCGGGAAAAAGUGGGAUGAUGACGGAAACAGAGUGUAUCGCUCUGAAAAUGGGCAUGUUUCUGUUCUACGCUGGUCCUGUCAGACCGACACAGGCGACCAUAGAAGAGAACAGACUGCUAUGCGCUGGACUGAACAAUCAGAGCUACGUCUGUGAGUUUGGACACUGCUGUGGGGAGUCCCACUGCUGCAGUUACUACUAUGAGCUGUGGUGGUUCUGGCUCGUCUGGGUGAUCAUCAUCAUCCUCAGCUGCUGCUGCAUCUGCCACCACCGACGCAGCAAGCACCGGCUGCAGCAGCAGCAGCGGCAGCACGAGAUCAACCUCAUCGCCUACCGCGAAGCCCGCAGCCACGCCUCCCUGCCCUUCUACUUCAGUAAGCGCCCCCGCCACGCCUCCCUGCCCUUCUACUUCAGGUUUCUGCCCAAUUAUCUUCUGCCCGAGUACGAGGAGGUGGUGAACCGCCCCCCGACACCGCCCCCUCCUUACAGUGCCUUGCACGCCGGCCAAUCGGCCGGUGCCAGCCCUCUGUCGCCGGAGCAACCGGACGAGCUCCGCCCCCCGACGCAGACCACUCCGGUCCCCCCGGCGUCGGACACGCCCCCCUCGAGGCCCGGCGGGGCGGAGCUGGACCCGCCGGCGGGGCUGAGCCGGAAGGAGGACGGGAGGACGCCCGCGCCCGAGGAGCAGCUGCCGCCGUCGGACCGCGCCGCGUCGGCCCCGGAGCGGGACGGGCGCAAGGACCCGCCGGGGGGGGACUCGGGUUCGGAGGGCCGCCCCGAGGACAAGGACGGCCCCGCGGGGCGCCACCGCCGCUUCACCGGCGACUCGGGCAUCGAGGUGUGCGUGUGCAGCGGUUACCCGGCAACCGAGGAACAGCGGGAACUGAAGGGGCUGCUGGGAGAUUUCUGCGAGGGCUGCGACUCCUGCGGCCAGCCCUCCGCCGCCACCCCCGGGAGGAGGGGGGAGGAGGAGGAGGAGGAGCAGACCCCAGAGAGGAGGCCGGACCAUGGGGCUGUGCCCCUCCCCCCGCGGGCCCCAGUUAACCUCCUGCACACCAUCACCGAGCAGGAGGGGUCUCUCCAACCUGGCAACGCGGCUGAGAGCAAGCACACCUGCUGCUGAAGAUUUUUUUAAAAAGACUUUGUUGUACUUUUUGUUGUGUACUGGUGUACGACUGUGAGUGAAUGAGGAUUAGGGACUGUGCACCAAACCUCUUCUCGGUUCCGGUGAAGUUUUCAGUAGUGCUUAGGCACCGGGAAGCACCUCAGACUCAUUAAGAUGGCGAUCUUCAUUUCGGGUCCUGGCGAGCUGCAGGGUCUGCUGGUUUUUUGCUGUUUAACUGAUUAAUGAGCAGCCGAUUAACUCAGUUAACUCACCGCACCUGGUUACUUGGGUCUGGAUCGGUUGCUGAUAUUAAGGCAAAAAAAAAAAACUAAAACCAACAGACCCUGCUGCCCACCAGGACCAGGAGUGGAGACCAGGGCUAUGCGAUGUCGCACAAACAGCAAUGGGAGUGAUACUGAUGCAUACUGUUAGUGGUUGCCAGAUCCUCGCACUAGUGUCGUCUGGCGCUUGCGUUAAUGGAUUGAGUUGAUGCAGCGCAGUACAGUACUCCCGAAGGGCGUAAGUAUCUAAGACUGAGACGGCGCAGCGUGUGCUAGACUCGAUGUCCACGCUUCCUUUGCCGUCAGGAGACCUGAUGCUGACCGAACGGUGCAAAGCUAGCAAAGGCCGUUUGGAUCGGCUGGGUCGUCAUUGCAGUGGGGCAGAAGCAGAAUAAGUGCAUUUACCGGUGGAUUCAAGUUUGGCGUUUACCUUUUGCACAUUUGUGUAAACUUAUUUAUCUGUAAUGGAUCCUGCAGGGGCUAAGAAAUAAAUCAAAUAGCAGUCCUGUAUCUGUGAUUGCAUCUUAAUUCACGUUAAGCUCUCUUUGUUUUGUAAGUGAAAAAAAAGCAUAUUGAUUGUGAAUAACCCAACUCAAGACUCAAGCCUAGUACUGUCAAACGGUGAUUGUAUUUUUGAGUGCAUAUUGAUUUUUGCUGCAAAUGAGCUCCAUGUGUUUUGUGGCCUUGUAGUAAUAUUCAUAAUUCCAACCUUCAGUUUAAUGCAUAGGAGAUUCAUUACUUUUGUUCAUUCACUGGUUAGGAAUAUGCCAAUAAUCACAUGGUCUGCAAAGACCAGCUGUUGAAAGGUGUAGUGUGCCUUUGGUGAAAAAAUAGGUGCUUUAAGCUUCAGAUUUUAUCUGAGGCAAUUUCUGCACUCUCAUUUCAUUCUUAUUGAAGCAAAGCAGUUUGUUUUCUCCUGUGUCUUAAAUUGAAAGGUUGUGUGAGCAGGGGUGGACUUAUGACCAUAAUAACUUUUUACAUUACAGUACUUUUUUUUGUUGUUAUAAGAUUUAUUUUCUCCAAAACAUUUAAGUAAAAUGAUAUUCUUUGAAUUAGCUUACAGUAUGUCCUGUAUUAUGGCAAGCAAUGUCACUGUGCCUCUACUGUAAGAGAUCUGAUUGGUUGUAGCUGUGAGGAAGUCACUAGAAGAUUCCAUCGCCUGGAGUUUGAUGUGUUGAAGCAGCUCUACUUUCAGCAUGGCUGGUCUGUUAUCUGGGGCCGUAGAAAUAUAGGGGAAAAAAUGGCCUUGCUCAAAAAGCCAUUUCCUGUACACAUCAGAAGAUGUGUGUGGAGUCAAGAUGACUCAUUAUAAUUCACUUUGUUAAAUCAGUUGUGAAAGUCUAUGUAAGUUACAAAAAGAAAAUACUAAAAUAGGGUUGGUUUCACAAUUGAACGUUACUCAUGUUUCAUGUGAAUCGGGCAAUGAUUUUACCACCUUUUGCAACUACGUUUGGCUAAUCACUUCACAGUGCUGCUCUGUUCAUGUAAUUGUAACGCAAUCCUAAAAGCACAGAAACUAAUUUGUAUGUAUGAACAUUCUUCGCCUCUGUGUGCCAGAGAUUGCGUUGGCCGUUACGGGGUUGUGUGUUGGCUGCGAUUUUUUAGUGACGCUAACGGUCCUGUGGCUUUCUGUUCCGCGAUUCGCACUAAGAGUGUGGGGGGUGUUUUUCGCUGCGAUGAAUAUCUGUCGGCACUAUCGCAUAAAUAAAUGAGCGGCCAUGCUGACAGACGACUGCGCGGAUGAGGCUCUGAUGUCUGACACUUAAGCACAGCUGUGAAUGUCCGUCUGUUUUGAAAUUACAGGCUCUGGAAUAGCUAGACCUCUUGUGCCAUCGUUCAGUACACAUGUCAUUUGCCAAAGAGCCUCCAGAUUGUCCAGUGUGCUACCCAGAUGCAGGUUUAUCUAAAAUGCAAUGCGUGAAAAUUGUACCUUUCGAAAAGGCCUGUCUUGCUUUUUUUUCAGUCCGGCCCGCUGUUGGUCAUGCACCUUUGUCUCCCCCUAGAGGCGUAAUUAUGAAGCGCAGCCGAGGUGUUUUCCAGGAAACCAAGAAUAACAAAUGGCCUUCAGUAAUCCACAGCAACUGCAUGCAGGAAAAACCCUGGUCACUUUAAUGCAGCAGUAGAGAGAACGUAAGUGCUGUUUCACUUAUUUGGUGUGGAAGUAUUAUUAACACAAUGGUCACCCUGAUGAGACUGAACUGGGGUUGACAUGUUUACUGGCUGUUGUCACAUUGGGUCUACAGAUGUUGCUGAAAUGUUGCGUAUCUAUGCAUUUUAAAUGGAGGAUAUGAAUGACAUGCAAAGGAAGGUCUAUAUGUAAUAUUCCCCCGUGUAUCCACCACGCAUGCCCAUUUAAGCUAGACUGUGCUUUGUUUGUUACUAAAGAUUUUCUUGCAGUUUGCACACUUCACAUCAACCAAAAAUAAGCUGUGUUCAUAUCACGAGUCACACUCGUUCAGUUUGAUGAUUUGAUUAUGAUUUUGCCACGAGCAGUUAUUUCUUAUUCAGGUAUUGUGUGAUGCGUGCUUUGGUUAGUCUUUCAGCCAAAAAAAAAACAUCACUUGUAUCACGUGUAUCAUUCGAUUGUUUAUUUUUGAAGACCAAAAAUAAGUCUCUAUGUAGUUGAUGUUCAAAAACAGAACAUAGGGUUGUCUGCGUCACUGUUCUCAUUGGAGCAGGUAUCAAGUUAAUAAUCCCCUUCCCAAUGGAGUUUGCAAGGUGAUGUCAGGUACUGAAUUUGCAUUUCUUAAUGUUUAGCAUAAAAGCCUUUCAUUGCUACAUGUAAAGCCUAUUGUAGUCAUUUUGUUUAAAGCAUCAACCAAAUCAAGGAAUAAUGGGAAUGUUAAAUGUUAAAUAAAAAUAACAUAAGUACUCCCAGAA